AGCCCGGACUGUCGGGACGGCCACGAGAGCCCGGACUGUCGGGACGGCCACGAGAGCCCGGACUGUCGGGACGGCCACGAGAGCCCGGACUGUCGGGACGGCCACGAGAGCCCGGACUGUCGGGACGGCCACGAGAGCCCGGACUGUCGGGACGGCCACGAGAGCCCGGACUGUCGGGACGGCCACGAGAGCCCGGACUGUCGGGACGGCCACGAGAGCCCGGACUGUCGGGACGGCCACGAGAGCCCGGACUGUCGGGACGGCCACGAGAGCCCGGACUGUCGGGACGGCCACGAGAGCCCGGACUGUCGGGACGGCCACGAGAGCCCGGACUGUCGGGACGGCCACGAGAGCCCGGACUGUCGGGACGGCCACGAGAACCCGGACUGUCGGGACGGCCACGAGAACCCGGACUGUCGGGACGGCCACGAGAACCCGGACUGUCGGGACGGCCACGAGAACCCGGACUGUCGGGACGGCCACGAGAACCCGGACUGUCGGGACGGCCACGAGAACCCGACUAGCCCGGACUGUCGGGACGGCCACGAGAGCCCGGACUGUCGGGACGGCCACGAGAGCCCGGACUGUCGGGACGGCCACGAGAGCCCGGACUGUCGGGACGGCCACGAGAGCCCGGACUGUCGGGACGGCCACGAGAGCCCGGACUGUCGGGACGGCCACGAGAGCCCGGACUGUCGGGACGGCCACGAGAACCCGGACUGUCGGGACGGCCACGAGAGCCCGGACUGUCGGGACGGCCACGAGAACCCGGACUGUCGGGACGGCCACGAGAGCCCGGACUGUCGGGACGGCCACGAGAGCCCGGACUGUCGGGACGGCCACGAGAGCCCGGACUGUCGGGACGGCCAAUCCUCAUCAACAGUGAUGAUUUUUUUUAAGAAAAUUUUAAAGUUUGAGGAUGACAUUGGCAUGAUUGAUCAUUGA